UAACCAAAAUAAAAAAUGGUUUCUAAUUAUUGACAACAGUUCGAUGUUUGACUAAAACGUGUAUGAGCAUAAAAAUGGUAGAAGAGAAAUGAAAAAGAAAAGAAAAAGAUUAACGAAGUGAUAAAAAGAGGUCAACGCAUAAUUAAUACGUGGCAUGUAGGAUUAGGAGAUAAGAGGUUAGCGUUUGGUUAAAAUUUAACCCACAGAAAAAAAGAAAGAUAAAAAGCUAUUUGCGCGGAGUCCAACGUGGGACCCGCCACCGUUUGCUCCAUGAAGGAUUCCAGCUCAUACCCCGAAACAAACACGCCCUUCCUUUUCUUGCGUUUUGUUUGGUUGGCACUCUCACUCUGCCACCCCAUGCCCAUGCUAUGCUUUUCCUUUUUAUUUUAUUAAUACCUUCUUUCUCUUCUUCUCUUUCCAGAAUCCCUUCUCACAAAUUGUUACAACUGCUUUUACGUUUUGAUUAUGAUUAUUGUUAUUAUGCCAUGACAAACUCAACCGGUUUCCCUUUCUAUCCGCCUUUUCUUUUCUCCCUCGUCUUCCCUGCCAUGAUCAAAUUGUUCAAGAGAAACACCUCCACUGACACGUGUCAUCAUCACCACCACUAUCACCACCAUCCACUUUUGGGCCUUGGACUCGCCACCACAGACGUCCACAGACCUCCCAACGUUCUGGAGUCCGCCAUGCUGAAGCCCAACAGCGACGUGCCUCGGCCCAAGAAGACACAGAAUGGAUCCCUUGAUGAAGAGGUGGUUUGCUUCGUCAGCGGCUUGGCCUCAUGCACGGAGACUCUAGGCUGCGAGAGCUCCGACCAAAUCCACAGCAAUUGCGAGGACGAGGAUGUGAUCGAUGGCGAGCAGAUUUCUCGGAGGAGGACGGUGAAGACGGAAGGGAGAGGGAAGGUGAGGACAUUUCCACCGCCGCUGUCGUCGCUCAAUCGGAACGGUAAACCGAGUUUUUAUCUCCGGCCGGUGAGGAAAGACGGGAGGUUGGAAUUGACGGAAGUGAGAAUAGAGCGACCGGAGAUUCUGCAUGCAUGGCGAGAGAACGGGCGUUUGACAUUGCGUCUGGUGUCAGAUCUCGAAGAGGAAGAGGAAGACAUAGAAGAAGAAGAGGAAGAGGAAGAGAUAGAAGAAGAAGAAAAAGGAAUAGAGGAAGAGAACGUCGGAGAGUGGAGGCUCCGGAGUAGUGAAGGGUUAAGGAGGUGUCACGAGAUGGUGAACCAUCAUCACCAUCACCAUGUUCAUGGCAGCAUGCGCAUGUGUGGAAUCAGCAUUGUGUGAGGGUUGGAGGGACACGUGGCAUGGGGCUUUGAAGGAGAAUGAAUGAUUUGAACGUUGGAAUUUGCACUGCGAAAAUUGGCAGAAGAAGGGUUGGAUGUGUAUAGAGAGAAAUCAUGCAUGCAUGCGGUGGUGUUUGGUUGCGGGAAAAACGACACUACCAAGAGGUCCACACAGGCUGUAAUUACUUUAACUGCGUUUUGUAUUCUUAGACAGAGAGAGAGAGAAUGUUCCAGACGGAGAGCUAUUGUACUGUAUUUACCAAAUUUUGAAGAUUUAUGUUAGAUGCCAAAAACAAUUUCUGAACAUAUUUUCUUCAGUUUUUAA